AUGGAGAAGAUGGCGGAAGAAGGAGAGUCAGGAGAGAUCGAGGAUGAGUCGGACGGAGACAGUGGGUUGGAAUCGAUGGGGGUGGUGGGUGGUCGUAAGCGGCGGCGCAAGAUAGAUGCCGAAUUGAAGCAUUACUUGGGUCUUCGCAAGUACUGGGGUCAGAGGUUUCGGAUUUUUUCGAGGUUUAACGAAGGGGUGAAGUUGGACGCAGAGAGUUGGUACAGCGUGACGCCUGAGUUGGUUGCGAUUCACAUUGCGAGGCGGAUGAAUGAGGCGCUUUCGAACGGAAGGGCGACAGAAGGGGAGGGGUCGCCCGACGGGUACAGGCCGACGAUUAUAUUGGAUGGUUUUUGCGGUGCGGGGGGCAAUUUGAUACAGUUUUCUCUGCACUCACACGCGAGCAGUUUGGUGAUUGGGAUAGACAUUAGACCUGAGAAGGUGCAGAUGGCUCGGCACAACGCCGAGGUGUAUGGUGCGGAUGGCAAGGUGGAGUUUAUAAUUGGGGACUACCUUCGAAUAGCGCCGCGCUUGCGGGCGGUGAACGCGGUGUUUUUGUCUCCGCCCUGGGGGGGUCCGAGUUACAAGUUGAAGAAGCGGUUUUGCUUGGACCAGAUAGUUCCGGCGGGGGGUGCGGAAUUGAUUCGUUGCGCGCAGAGGGCGUCCGAGAACAUUGCGUUUUACCUGCCGAGGAACAUUGCGGUGGGCGACGUGAUAGAUUGUUCUCGAGUGGGCCAUCCGGUGGAGAUCGAGCGGAACAUACUGAACGGGAAGCUGAAGUCGAUGGUGGCCUAUUACGGGAGGCUAGUGAAGCUGGGUGGGAGCCCGGUCAGCAUCGUGAGGCGGGGCGGGGCAUCUCGAGCGAGGCUGAGUGAUGGUGAAUGA